UAUUUAUGUAGGCAAAGAGAGAGGGAGAGAGAAAAAAGAGAGGGAGAGAGAGAGAAAGGGAGGGAGAGAAAGAGGGAGAGGGGAGAGAGAGAGAGAGAGAAGAAACGGGAGGAGGGGAUAAGGAAAUUAAACCCUUUAAGUCAAUGCAUAUUGUGGUGACACCCGCACAGGAGCCCUCACGGUGGAGUCGGCCAGGGCUGUGCGUUCCCAAAAUAUGACCAGGGGUGCUUGGAUGUGUCGACAGUAUGACGACGGCUUAAAAAUCUGGUUGGCAGCACCCCGGGAGAACGAGAAACCGUUCAUCGAUUCCGAGAGGGCUCAGAAAUGGCGACUGUCUCUGGCAUCUCUCUUGUUUUUCACAGUCCUGCUCUCUGAUCACUUGUGGUUCUGCGCCGAGGCCAAACUGACCCGGACCCGGGACAAGGAGCAUCACCAACAGCAGCAGCAGCAGCGGCAGCAGCAGCAGCAGCAGCAGCAGCAACAGCGGCAGCGGCAGCAGCAGCAACAGCAGCAGCAGCGGCAGCGACAGCAGGAGCCCUCCUGGCCCGCGCUCCUGGCCAGCAUGGGGGAGUCCUCGCCCGCCGCCCAGGCACACAGACUCCUCUCCGCCUCCUCGUCCCCCACCCUGCCCCCCUCCCCGGGAGGCGGCGGCGGCGGCAAGGGCAAUCGAGGCAAAAAUAACCGGAGCAAGGCUCUUUUUCUAGGAAACUCUGCCAGACCCGUGUGGCGCCUGGAGACUUGUUACCCCCAGGGCGCCUCCUCGGGCCAGUGCUUCACCGUGGAGAGCGCGGACGCUGUGUGCGCCAGGAACUGGAGUCGGGGGGCGGCGGCCAGGGGGGAGGAGCAGCAGGCGAGGGGCGAGCAUCCAACUCCGCUCUGGAACUUGUCAGAUUUUUACCUUUCGUUUUGUAAUUCCUACACACUUUGGGAGUUGUUCUCGGGGCUGUCCAGUCCCAACACUUUGAACUGCAGUCUGGAUGUGGUGCUCACGGAGGGCGGAGAGAGGACCACUUGCAGACAGUGCGUCGCGGCUUACCAAGACUACGACCACCACGCUCAGGAGAAGUACGAAGAGUUUGAAAGUGUGCUCCAUAAGUAUUUGCAAUCGGAGGAGUACUCGGUGAAGUCGUGUCCCGAAGACUGUAAGAUUGUCUACAAAGCCUGGCUCUGUUCCCAGUAUUUUGAAGUCACACAGUUUAACUGCAGAAAGACAAUUCCUUGCAAGCAAUACUGUUUGGAGGUUCAGACAAGGUGUCCGUUUAUACUGCCCGACAAUGAUGAAGUCAUCUACGGAGGCCUCUCCAGUUUCAUCUGCACAGGGCUCUACGAAACCUUCCUCACCAAUGAUGAACCACAAUGCUGUGACGUCCGGAGAGGGGAGCAGUCCGACCUCCCCCGCAGAGGGAGGCCCCAGCGAAGUGACGCCUGCCACAGGACGUCGCUCACCGUGUCCUCGGCGACCAGACUGUGCAGUGGCAGACUCAAGCUGUGUGUCCUGGUACUGAUUCUCCUACACACAGUGCUCACCGCCUCCGCGGCGCACAACGCCGCGGGCCUGGGCCUGGGUGGCAUCACCUCGCUGGAGGAAAACGCCACCAACGAGGACUAGGGGGACGGCGUCCCCAGCCAGCGGCCCACCAGAGCAACGACUGCUGCCCACCCACCAGAAACUGGGUGCUUUUACCCUGGAUCUCUUCUUGCAAGGCCUGAAGGGUAAAAUUCAGAAGAUGGGCCUGAUUCCAAAAAGGACACCCCGCAGCGUUUUAUUGACUAAAAGGCUGUGAAGUGACUUUCAAUUUCUCACACCAUUUUAUACACUGUGUUUUAAUGUUUGGAGGUUUUAUUUGCUUUCGUUUCGGUCUGGGUUUGUUUGUUUGUUGAUUUCUCUGCACUUGUUAAUACAGGACUUAUUUUUCGGGAUGGUUUCUCCGAGGUGAACGAAGUCUUUUCGCUGUCUCUCUAUUUCUAGUCAUCGUGUGUGUCCAUCAGGUAGUUCUGUCUUCAUGUCCUGUCAGUUUCUAUUAGAGGAUGAUGCUAUGACCUCACGGUAUAGCAAAAAACAACUACAACAACAAAAAAAGAAUAAAAAGAGAAAAAAGACAAAAAAAAGAAAACAACAAAAAAUAAAAAUAAAAAAAUUCCCUAAGUCUCCCUCUACCCAUGAAUCCCACACCCUUCCCAGCCCUUUGUCCCCUCCCUCUUCUCGUCCCCUAAGCAGACAACAUCCGCUUGCUUCUGUCUGUGUAACUACAGUGAUGGGUGUGCACGCCCUUGCACAGCCCGUCGGGAGCAGAGCCCAGGGGGCCGGUGGGGGUUCCCUUCCAGCUGAACAAGCAGUGUGUUCCACCAGAGUGGAAUCCGGCAGUAACACAUAUUUACGUUGAAAACAAAACAAAGACACAAAAGUUAUCAUGAACUGAGUUGCUCCAGUUCCCAUUCCCAAG